UGCCUGCUUUAACAGUGGGGCUUUUCUUCGUGGGCAUCGGCUUCAUGCUGCUCUACUAUCGCUACUUCCACGUGCGCCGCCUAAUGGAGAAACCAACGGCCAAAUUGGGGCCGCCCGGGGGCGGCGUCUUCAACUGCCGUUUCGCUGGCUAUGCGGGCUCGAACGGUUCGGCCCCGAACAGGAAGAAAAAGAAGCCGACCACUUUUGUGCCGCCGCCGUCCAAUGGGGCGCCGCCCCCCCUAGGCCCCGUGGCGGUGCCCUUCUGGCGCCGGCCCUUGCCCAGCAGUAGCGAGAACGAGGGCAGCAGUGUGGGCUCCAGAGUGAACAUCCAUCAGAAGCUGCAGGAGAAGAAGCAGAAGCAGCUGGCCGAGCUGAAGAUCAUCGAGGAGGAGAUAAAGCAAGGCAAGCUGGUUGGUCCGGAGAGUGCCGAUUUUGACGAUCGGCAGCCAAUCCCGCGCGUCAAGAAGCAUGUGGAACCUCAGCUGCUCAGCUUGGCGUCGCUCAACAACCUCGUGAGUUAUGGGGUGAACCUAAAUAGGCGGCCGGCACCUCGAGCGCCUAGAAACCGAACCCCCGAGCUGUUGCUGACGCCGCGCUACCUCUAUUGCGAUUGCGAUGGAGUCAGCGGCUUGGCUCUGACCGCUCAAAUGCCCGCAGAAUUGGCAGAAAUAGGAGCCGUCACUAACGGCACCGCCCAUCAUUCAGUAGGCUCCGAUCUGGAAAGUCAGAUAUCGUUGCCACGUUCCUACACACUGCCCAGAGAGUUCAAGUACUACAGACGCCAAAGAAUGGGACGUCCAAUUCAGCCGGUUGCUUCGACAAAUAGCAGUGAUGGGGAUGUGGACAGUGGCGACGACGAGUCGGACAGUAAUCCGCCGCCGCCAGCACUGGUGCGCCCCUUGAGGAGGGCUUAUCGGCACGAAACGCAGCUGUGAUGGAACCGACCAGACCACUGUUGUACAUACGCGCGUUUUUGUAUAGAGCCAUUUAGGUAAGCCAUUUUUUACAAAGUUUUGUAUUUUUACACCAUAUUUAUUUUGUAAUAAUGUAACAAUAAACUUUUAGAUAAGUUCUA